AAUGAGCGAACCGUAAAUGGGAAAAAAACCGAUAAAACUUUGAUAACAACGACCUGAAGAACUUUGACCACUGAACGCCGAGACCAAGUCUCUCGGUUCCGACAGUUUUAGUUCGUUUGUUCACGAUGCCGGACACGGUUCGCCAAGCGCCCAUUUCCGACGACCGUUACCGGUGCAGCGGCACGGGUAUGGACAGCUACCCGUCUUCGCCGGCCGUCUCGCCGUCGCACAGUUUCAAACGCUCAAAGUCGACGUUCUACCUGCUGGACAGRCGCACGUCCCCGCCGCCGGGCCGACUUCUGCAGCCGCAGAACGUGACGGCCGGUACGAUCCACGGGUGCGCGGCGUUCUUCUGGACGGUGGCCAACGCGCUGCUCGGUCUGCCGUGGGUAAACGUGCUGAUGGUGCGCGGCCCGUCGCUGUGUCUGUGCCUGUGGGUGCGGUGCGUCUGGAUGUGCGCACGGGUGCCACUGGUGGUGUCCAAGCACGUCUUGCGGCUAUUCACCGCGAGCCCCGGCGGUCUGGACAGGGGCCGAUUCACCGUGCUGAUAAACGGCGGCAGCACCAUCCAGGCGUUGCACUUGGCGAGGAACUUUCACCAAACAGGCGCUCGGGUAAUCGUGUGCGAGAUCGACGGGCGGGCGGAGCUGUGCUCGUUCUCGGUGGCGGUCGACCGCUAUUACACCGUGCCCGGGCCGAACGAGGACAACUGCGUGCAGUACGUUGACGCGUUGAGGGCGAUCGUGGAGAGGGAACGGGUGGACGUGUACGUGCCCACCGGCGCCACCGUAUCGGCGUACUACGAUGCGGUGGCCAAACCGCACCUGGAGCUGCUCGGGUGCCGGUGCUGGACGCCCGGGUUGGACGGCGUCACGACGCUCAACGACCUGUCCGAGGUGUUCCGCGUGUGCGAGACGGUCGGCCUGCCGGUGCCCAAGCACCUGCUCGUGUGCUCCAAGGACGACGUCAUCAAGCUGUACGACAACGUGUCGUUCCGGGCCGAUCGGCACUUCAUCGUCAACUUGGGCCCUUCCGGCUGCAAGGCGGCGCACAGCCUGCAGCUGCCGGCCACCAGGAGGUCGCUGCGGCUGCCCGGCCCCGUGUCCGACGAUCGUCCGUGGCUGCUUGUCCAGCACUGUCUCGGGUCGUACUACACGACGUGCACUACGGUGCUGGCCGGCCGGGUGGUUGGCAACGUGACGUUCACCGCGCACGGCGGCAAAGCCACAGACCAAAAYGUGCUGAUCGACGACUGGACCGCGCGGUUCGUGUCCGCCGUCCCGGUGCCGUUCGACGGCUACCUGUCGUUCAGCGUGUGCGUGUCGCCAUCCCGGCGGGUCGUGCCGCUGGGUUGUCGGGUCGGCGUGCCCAUCACGUACGCGUCGUACCGCAGCAAUUUCGAACACGUCGUCAUGCAGUGCCUGCCGCCGCUGCGGGGGCACCGUUCAAAUAACGGCACAGCGGGCAACAGUGCCGUAGCACAUGCGAAUGCRGCCGUCAACGGWACACCGCCGCAGUGCACCGAGCUCGUGGUCGAAACGACGGGUCGGUAUUACGCGACGACGCUGCUCUACGAUACGGUCACCCGGAUGAUGACCGUCCAGUCGGUCAAGCACCUCGUGCGCACAUUGGUCACGGAACGGGAAAUGGUAUUCGCGUAUUGGGACCCGCUGCCGUUUUUCGCCCACUACAGUCUGCAGAUGAUUGUGGACCGCAUAAACACAGCGCUGGACGAAGUGGCGAUACUGUCGUCGUCGGCCCAGAAAAACAGAUACACCACGUUUUAACAUAUGGCGGCAGACACAGCACGUGUACAAAAUGUUUAAUUUAUUUUUCGGUUUUGUGGUGUAUGGGUAGCGGUCCAAUGACGUGAUGUACCGAAAACGACAGUACCUACAUUGUGGUUCGAUCUACACAUUAGGCAGGUCUCCAAGACCCAUACAUCAUAUUUUUGGUCAUCAUAAUCCGGGCUCCUCUUUGAAACAUUUUUUAAAUAUAUAUUAAAGUAAUUAAUUGCAUGAAUGCCGGGCCCCAGUACCAAGGGUCCAUCUGAACCCCCCCCCCCUUUGGUGAAGGCCCUGACAAUAAGUAAC